CCAACAACUACCUUCAACAGACCGCCUUUAACCACUCACUGCCUUCUGCCACAGUUCAUACUUCAUAAGAAACCCAACAAAAAAAAUACUUCACGAUGGCAACUAAUUCAUCCUCGUCGGAUAUCAGAAAGUCCAUCAAGGCUACAGCCGAAACCUUCUUGGCAUCAUUCGAAGACGGCUCAACUCAGAACGAUCCCGCCAUCAUCAACCGUACCCUCGCACCCGACUGCGCCCGCCACAUACUUCCUUCAUCCGUCUCUGAGGUCCUGGGCCUGCCGGCGGACUUCAGCAUCGACAAUGCGACAUUCCAAAGCGUCUUCGCAAAGGAUAUCAAAGUCCUUAAGUUCCGCAAUGGCGUUAUCUCGAACUUGGUCAUCGACACUGAGGCCCGCCUGGCUGCGUUCACGUCCGUCUUUGACGUUGUGGUGAUAAGCAGUGGAGAAACAUUCCCGUCUGAGGCCAGCUUCACCUUGUACUUCAACGAGGAUGGUACCAAGAUUACGAAGGUGAUAGAGUUUUUGGAAAAGGAUUCAACUGUGAGAAUGGCAAACGUCCAUAAGUGAAGUCUGUUCAAUUUAUAGUUAUAGUGCAGUCUAGGUAGGCUCCUUCAAGUGGUAUACAUUGAGGAAGAUUUAUUUGCACUACAGGUGGUGAGUGUAUGAGUAAAUGCAAAGAUUACUACCAGAGCAUGUUGUCGUGAAAGACAUGUGUUUCGUGGGCCACUUUGGAUGGCACCACAAUGUAUCUAUAUCACGUAAUGGGCCUCGGACGUACUUCAAUCUGGUCAUUUUAAACAAA